AUGUCACGUCCUGAAGAUGUUCUUCCUCCCGAUCUGUUUUACAAUGACAAUGAAUCCCGCAAGUACACGACCUCUUCCCGCAUCCGCAAUAUCCAGGCCGACAUGACCAAUCGGGCCCUCGACCUCCUCGAUCUAAAAGCACCAUCUUUGAUCCUCGAUGUCGGAUGCGGUUCCGGUCUGUCUGGUGAAAUCCUGUCUGAUCUUCCCUCCGAAGAAGGCGGGCCGCACACCUGGAUCGGCAUGGAUAUCUCGCCAAGCAUGCUUGAUGUGGCACUGCAGCGCGAUGUCGAAGGCGAUUUAUUCCUUGCCGAUAUCGGGCAAGGCGUCCCAUUCCGGCCUGGCACAUUCGACGCCGCGAUUAGCAUCAGUGCGAUUCAGUGGCUGUGCAAUGCGGAAACCAGUGAUGUUAGCCCUGAAGGUCGCCUACGACGGUUUUUCGAAGGCCUUUACGCCAGCCUCCGCCGCGGAGGCCGGGCUGUUUGCCAAUUUUACCCCAAGAACGAUACCCAGCGCAGCAUGAUUAGUGGCGCAGCAAUGAAGGCAGGCUUUGGGGCCGGUAUCCUCGAAGAUGACCCCGGAACCAAAAACAGUAAAUUAUACCUGGUCCUUACCGUCGGUGGUGGUGGCUUACAAGGAGAUAUCACCGGGGUUGUUAAUGGCAUGGAUGAUGUCAACGUCCUGGAUGCCAGGAAAAGGGCCAUGGAACUGAACAAUGCCAAAGGCCCACCCCAAAAAGGUGACCGGGCCUGGAUCAUGAAGAAGAAGGACCAAAUGGAACGAAAGGGGAAAGUCGUGAAGUCGAACUCAAAGUAUACCGGCCGCAAAAGGCGCCCAGCCUUUUAA